AUGCCUGGGUUGCACGGUGCGGUGCCCGGCGCCGCGGCCCGGCCCGAGCGCCCGGCUGGGGUUUCAUCCAUCGCUCUUGCAGGCAUUGACAUCGCAAAGAGACGGGGAGCCCGGUACCGGCUCGGUCCAGAGCUCGAAAUCUGUGGUUAUGGCUGCUCGGAUCACUAUUACGAAUCCGACACGCUCUUGCAUUCGUUUCAAGUUCUGGCAAAGCUUUUGGAGUCGCCGGCUACUCAAGAUAUUAUCUGUGAUGUGGGAAUGCCUGUUCUGCACAGAAAUGUUCGUUACAAUUGUCGAGUGAUCUUUUUAAAUAAGAAAAUUCUGCUGAUCAGACCGAAAAUAGCAUUGGCAAAUGCAGGAAACUACAGGGAGCUUAGAUGGUUUACCCCGUGGAACAAAGCAAGGCAUGUGGAGGAGUAUUUUCUACCCAGGAUAAUUCAGGAAGUGACUGGACAGGAAACCGUUCCUUUUGGGGACGCAGUGCUAGCAACGAAAGAUACCUGCCUAGGGGCAGAAAUAUGUGAAGAACUCUGGGCACCAAACAGCCCUCAUAUUGAAAUGGGACUUGAUGGUGUGGAGAUUUUCACUAACUCUUCAGGGAGCCACCAUGUGCUGCGGAAGGCUCACACUCGUGUGGAUUUGGUGAAUUCUGCCACAGCAAAGAAUGGUGGAAUAUAUCUUUUAGCUAACCAGAAAGGCUGUGAUGGUGAUCGUCUAUAUUAUGAUGGCUGUGCCAUGAUUUCAAUGAAUGGAGAAACGAUUGCACAAGGAUCCCAGUUUUCACUCGAUGAUGUGGAGGUGCUGGUUGCCACUCUGGACUUGGAAGAUGUUCGAAGUUACAGAGCAGAGAUUUCAUCUCGUAACUUAGCGGCAAGUAAAGCGAAUCCUUAUCCCAGGAUAAAAGUGAGCUUUGCUCUGUCAUGUUCUGAUGAUGUAGCUGUACCUACAUGUAUGCCAAUCCAGUGGAGACAUCAUAGUCCCGAGGAGGAGAUCAGCCUUGGUCCUGCAUGUUGGCUUUGGGACUAUUUAAGGCGCAGCAAACAGGCAGGAUUUCUCCUACCUCUUAGCGGUGGAAUUGACAGCUCUGCUACAGCUUGCAUAGUAUACUCUAUGUGUCACCAGGUUUGCCUGGCAGUCAAGAACGGAAAUGCAGAUGUGCUGGCUGAUGUGCGCAAGAUUGUGAAUGAUGAGACCUAUGUCCCUGAGGAUCCACGAGAAUUUUGCAGGCGUGUCUUUACCACUUGCUAUAUGGCUAGUGAGAACUCCUCCCAGGAUACUUGCAACAGGGCUAAACUUCUGGCUGAGCAAAUAGGCAGCUAUCACAUCAACCUGAACAUAGAUGCGGCUGUGAAAGCCAUUGUGGGAAUUUUCAGCAUGGUGACGGGUCGAACUCCACGUUUUUCUGUCUACGGAGGGAGCAACAGAGAAAACCUGGCACUCCAGAACGUUCAGGCUAGAUUGAGAAUGGUCCUUGCCUAUCUGUUUGCUCAGCUGACACUUUGGACUCGUGGGAUGCCAGGAGGACUUCUGGUGCUAGGAUCAGCCAAUGUGGAUGAAAGUCUCCGAGGUUACCUGACGAAGUACGAUUGCUCGAGUGCUGAUAUCAAUCCCAUCGGUGGAAUCAGCAAGACUGAUUUGAAGAACUUCAUACAGUACUGCAUUGAAAAUUUUCAGCUCACGGCCCUCAGAAGCAUCAUGUCAGCUCCACCCACUGCGGAGUUAGAACCCCUGGUGGAUGGACAAGUGGCUCAAACUGAUGAGGCAGAUAUGGGGAUGACAUAUGCAGAGCUCUCAAUCUAUGGCAAAUUAAGAAAAAUUGCAAGGGCUGGACCAUACAGUAUGUUCUGUAAGCUGAUUAAUAUGUGGAAGGAAAUCUGUACUCCAAGAGAGGUGGCAUCAAAGGUUAAGCAUUUCUUCAGGAUGUAUUCCAUUAACAGACAUAAAAUGACCACCCUCACUCCUUCCUACCAUGCUGAAAACUACAGUCCAGAUGACAACCGAUUUGACCUGAGGCCUUUCCUUUAUAACACCACAUGGUCCUGGCAAUUUAGGUGUAUAGAUAAACAGUAUCGAUCUAUAAAUCAUCGUGUGGACGCCAAAUCCCUAUGGCUUUAUCGAUGGUACUAUUCAAGAACUUGCCAGUGGAUUCUGAGUUUAACCAUUACUAUAAUCCUGGCUUUGGUUUUCAUUGAAAAGCCUUCUUCGCUUACUAUCACGUCAGAUGUACGAUACCGCCUUUCUGCAUGGAACCCUCCGUGUGGCCUAACAGAAAGCAUUGAGCUGCUUUGCUUUCUUGUGUUCAUGGUUGAUGUAUCUGUAAAGAGUUACUUAAUUGGAUGGGAAGAAUUUUGGAAAAAUAAAUGGCUGAUGGCUUAUAUACUGACAUUGGUUGUUUCCCUUACCGAUUGGAUUGUAUCCCUGAGUUUUUUCUGCACGGAGAAUGUGAGAAUAAGAAGAAUUCUUCGUCCUUUCUUUCUCCUUCAGAAUUCUUCAAUGAUGAAGAAAACAUUAAAAAGUAUCAAUAGCACGUUGCCUGAAAUGGCAAGUGUAGUUCUGCUACUAGCUGUUCAUCUGUCUCUCUUUACCAUGUUUGGAAUGCUGCUGUUUGCUCGAACAAAGGAUGGCCAGCAGGAUAAGGAGUGGGUGGGGUAUUUCCGGAAUUUGCCAGACUCACUGACAUCAUUGCUGGUCCUGCUAACUACUGCAAAUAAUCCUGAUGUGAUGAUUCCUGCAUAUUCUAAGAAUCGAGCAUAUUCUAUCUUCUUUAUACUCUUCACUGUAUUGGGCAACCUGUUUCUGAUGAACUUGCUUACAGCAAUAAUAUACAACCAGUUUCGAGGAUACCUUCUAAAAUCUGUUCAGUCCUCCCUCUUCAGGAGGCGACUUGGAAUCCGGGCUGCAUUUGAAGUGCUUUCUUCCCUGAAAGAGACUCCUGCUAGUGCACAACAGUCAUGUGUCAGCAUUGGGGCCUUACUACGAGUGCUGCAGAAAGUUGAAAUGGAUUCUCGCUGCAAGCAAGCCAUCAUGAGAUCGCUCAAAACAUGCUCCUGUGACCAGCUGUCAGCUGCCCAGUUUCAGAAGCUCUUUGAAGAACUAGACAAAGAUGCCAUUAGGGAACAUCCUCCCUGUCCAGAGUACCAAUCCUAUUUUAUGCAGAAAAUGCAGUUUGCCUUUGGCCAUCCCUACUUUGGCUACUUGGGGAAUAUUGUAGCCCUUGCAAACAUUGUUUCUAUCUGUGUGGUUUUGGUGAUGGAUGCAGAUAAGCAGCCAUCUGAAAGAGAUGACUUCUUCCUGGGGGCUAUCAACUGCUUCUUCAUCCUAUACUAUCUGCUGGAAAUGUUGCUGAAAAUCUUAGCAAUGGGCUUGAAAAGAUACUUGUCAUACCCAAGCAAUAUAUUUGAUGGACUUCUGACUGUAAUUUUGCUGGUUUUGGAGAUUGCAACUUUUGCUGUGUAUGGAUUUCCUCAUCCUGGUUGGAAACCCGAGUUCAUGGGCUUGUUAUCUCUGUGGGAUAUGGUGCGAUUGGUGAACAUGUUAAUUGUGUUCAGGUUCCUGCGGAUUAUUCCUAAUAUGAAGUUCAUGGCUUUGGUUGUUACUACAUUGCUGGAUCUGGUAAAAAACUUGAGAGCCUUUGCAGGAAUCCUAGUGGUGGUUUUCUAUGCUUUUGCUAUAAUUGGCAUAAUGCUAUUUAAAGGUGCUAUUGUUCCCUUGGGAAAUACCAGUGCUGUCAAUACAACAUACAAUAAUGGCACUCUGCAGUGUGGAACCUAUGAACAGCUGGAAUAUUGGCCAAACAACUUUGAUGACUGA